AGACCUCAUCCAGCCGAGCGAGUGACCGUCACCGACCACCUGGGCAUCAACAAACAGCUCCCACGCGACGAAGCACCAUGGAUGUCAAGCCCAAGACCGGGAUCAAAGUCAUCGUCGUCGGCGCCGGCUUCGGCGGCCUGGCGGCGGCGAUCGAGUGCCACCGCAACGGGCACGACGUCGAGAUCUACGAGAGCUUCCCCGCGCUCAAGAGCCUGGGCGACAUCAUCUCGUUCGGCCAGAACGGCGGCCGCAUCUUCCACCGCUGGGGGCUGACGCGCCGGGGCGAGGUCGCGGACCGGAUGCGGGCGCUGAGCAUCGACCUGCAGCGCUACGGGUUCAACAUCCGCAAGUUCGACACGGGCGAGGUCGUGCACCACCAGCCGACCCCGCCCCGCGUGCCCGACGCGCCCGUGCUGAAUGGGCAUCGGGGGGAGCUCCACGAGGUCGUGUUUGAGCACGCAAAGGAGCUCGGCAUCCCUAUACACCUCGGCGAGCCCAUCGAGCAGUACUUUGAGGAUGAGGAGAAGGCGGGGAUCAUUCUCAAGAGCGGUAACAAGGUUGUUGGGGAUGUGGUCAUCGGGGCGGACGGCGUUCGCUCAAAAGCCCGCGAGCUUGUGCUCGGCUACGUCGACAAGCCCAAGAGUAGUGGAUAUGCAGUUUGGAGAGCAUGGCAACCUGUUAAUCUAGACAUGAUGAAAGACCCUAGGACAAAGCAGUUUUGCGAGAACGGCGAUUCUUUUAAUGGCUGGAUCGGACAAGACAUCCACCUCCUCUUCUCGACCAUCAAGAACGGCACCGACUGCUGCUGGGUGCUGACACACAAGGACGACCACGACAUCGACGAGAGCUGGUCUUUUCCGGGGAAGCUAGACGAGGUCAAAGAUUUGCUGCGCGAGUGGGACCCAAUAUGUACCGCCAUCAUCGAGAAGACGCCGGCGGACCGCCUCACCGACUGGAAGCUGGUUUACCGCGACCCCCUGCCGCGCUGGGUCUCGAACCACGGCCGCAUCUGCCUGCUGGGCGAUUCUGCACAUCCGUUCCUCCCGACAUCCGCACAAGGCGCGACGCAAGCGUGCGAGGACGCGGUCAACAUCGGCAUCUGCCUGAGGCGGGCCGGCAAGGCCAGCGUGCCGGCGGCGCUGUGGACGCACCAGGACAUACGGUACGAGCGCGUCGGGGCCGUGCAGAAGACGGGCGAGACGACGCGGGACCGGUGGCACAAGACGGAUUGGGAGAAAGUCAAGAAGGAUCCACAGAGCGUGUCGUUCCCCAGAGAGGACUGGAUCCACAAGCACGAUGCCGAGGCCCACGCCGAGGCCGUCUUCGACGAGGUCUUCCGGCGGCGCCUGGCCGGGGGCUCCGAUGAAGCGGCGGCGGAGGAUGGAGGAUCGCUGAUCAAGGACCAGCAGGCUGCAGCGCCGGUUUCUGUGGCGACUUAGACUGGUAUGGCGAUGUUGGCUGCUGUGGAGACUUGGAUUGAUGUGGUAACUGUCAGGGGUAUCACAUUAUGAAUGUACAGGCCCCUGGCCAAACUAAGCGAAUGGGAGAUUUUUGCAUUCUCUGCUAUCAACAGUACUUACUCAUGUAGUUCCGUUUCCC